AUGAAAGGAGUUUCUAAAUUGAAAUAUAGGAUUGUGUAUUGUUCAGGUGAAGAUUAAGACUAUCCAGUGACUGAAUUACUCACUCAAUCACCACAGAGCAGAGGUUGGCAAGCACCCAAAUAUUGUGAAUAUCCCCUAGAAAUCGCAAUUUAAUUUGUUAGUGCAGCAAGAGUUAGACAAGUUCAAUUCUUGUCUCAUCAUUGCAAGAUAUCUACAAAGGUACAAUAUAUUCAAAUUGGUUUAGAUUGAGCUUUAUGUUCACAUGCCAGAUAAGAAUAUACCUCCACAAUAUAAUCAAAUCAAAUAUAAGAAAUUGGGAUAUUUAUCCCUGGAUUCCAAUGAGAGAGGAGGAUACCAGGCAAGAGAAUUAAAAAGUGUAUACAUAGACACACCAUGUUUAUUCAUGAAAUUUGUAUUUCAAAAAUGCUACGUGAACAAAUUUAACCUCUUCAACCAAAUUGGUAUUAUUGCUUUAUCCGUCUUUGGUGAACCCCUUGAUUCCCCUCCUGGAUAUGGAUAGAUGAAAUAGAAAGAAUUCUAUAAUGAAAUUUAAUUUGAAACAUAAUUCGAUCAAAAUACUCUUGAAAGACUGCGAAUGCUUGAGGAGGCCAAGGACAAAGGUAUUUUCAAAUUAAAAUGAAUAGCUGUCUCAAGAGAAGAUUUCAUGGAAGCCAAAAGAAUUAAAGAGGCUAUAGAGAGGUUAAAAUAGAUAGGAGUUCAAUUGAGAACUUUGGAAGAGAGAAAGGCUGUGGCAAUAUAGAAUGAAGACUAUGAUUCAGCUAGCAUAAUCAAGUAGGAAAUAGAGAAGCUAAGAAACGCUGUCGCUCCAGAUUCUAUGAUAAGAAGACCUGAUAGUGCAGUAAAAAUUAUAUAAUAAUUUAGUAAUACCAAUAGCCUGUGUAUUAGCCAUAACAAUAAUUCUAAUAGUAAUAAUAAUAACAAUAAUAAUACUAUUAAUAAUAAUAAUAUUAGCCACCUCCUGUUUAGUCUUAAAUGGCUUUUGUUCCUCCUUAUUAAGCUCCUCCACCAUAGAUGCCAAUAUAAGGAGAAGAAAUGAUCUCAUAAUCAUAAUUUGAAGAACAAAGAGCUGAUCCAUCGUAAAUGAGACAAAAAAGAGUAGCAAAAGAAUUGAAUUAACAUCAUGAAGAUAUGAUUGUACCAGCUGCGUUAAGAAAGUAAAACAAUAACCAAUAUCCUGAUGAUGACAAACAGCAAUAAUAAUAAUGUAUGAUGAAUUUGUAAUUAAAGAUACAACUGAGCCUUUGACAGGAGACAGUCUACAAAAAGCUGAACCAUUAAUUCCAAUUUUGACAGAGGAAUUCUGUUAAAAAAUAUUUAGCAAAUAAUGGGGAGCCAGAGAGGAUGGAUUAAAAUGGCUGGAAGAGUAAAUUGGUAGACCAACUUAAGUCAACUCAUAAGACCCCUCCAUCUUCUUUUUGAGUUCAAUAGCAUCUAUAAAUUAUACUUUGGGUGAUAAAGUUGCGGCAGUUUCAAUCAGAAGUUUAAGUGUAUUGCAAUCUCUACUUGCAAAAUAUCCAAAAAUAAAAAUUAAUAAAAGUGCAGAAUUCAAUGAGCAUGUCGAUGGGAUCUUAUAAUCUCUAAUGGAAAAGUUGGGAGAAUAAAGAAAGGAAUAAGCUGAAAAUGCAUUCUUAUAAAUGGCAGAUCAUCCAUCUGUCGGUCCUGCCAUUUGUGUCUAGCAUUUAAUUAAAGGUUUUGUUGGAAAAUAAAAACUGCAAAGCUCUACUAAACAUAUCGUUGGAAGAUUGGCUAUGUUAACAGAACUAGUGAAGCGAUAUGAAAUCAAUAAUGCUAAUAUGCCAUAUUAACCAAUUGUUGAUUUUGCUGUGAAAUUGUUGGAUGAUAAAGUAUUCUAUUAUUAAAUUGCUUUAGAAUGAACCAAUUAGAACUUAAGCCAUCUUACUCCUGGUAGAAGUGUAUAAGUUUUCUGGGAAUAGACUCAAGUAAUCUUUGACAAAUGUAAGAUAAGCCCAAUUGGAUGUGUUAGAAGAUUUCUUUAGCAAAAUCGAUGGAGGUGGGGAUAUUGACGAUCAUCAACCUUAAGCCAACUAACAACGAGCAAUCAUUCAGACUAAUAUUGAAACUUAAGGAGCCAAAAAGGGAAAUCAGAAUCAGACAUAGAAUUAAAAACCAUAGUAAUAAUAAAAAUAAUAAUAAUAAUAACAAUAAUAAUAUGACUAGCAUAAUACAGCCAAAUGCGAUUACUGUGAUAGAGUUGAUCCCUCCUUCAGGGAUUCAGAUCAAAUAGAUAAGCACCUUUGGUCAGAAUGUCCUAUGUUAGUUACAUGUUCAUAAUGUGGACAAGUAAUUGAGAUAGCAGAAUUAACUAAUCAUUUGUUGAGUGAAUGUGAUCAUAAGAGGAAGUUUAAGAGGUGUCCCAAAUGCAAAGAGGCUAUUCUAUUGAGUGGUUAUGACAAGUAAAUAUUCUAUAAAACUUAGACAUUUGGAGGAUUGCAGAGGCAGGAAUGAUAAUACAACUGUGAGGUGUCCUUUGUGUCAUUAAGAUUUGAAAUUGGAGAAAAACACAUGGAAAAAUCAUUUGAUCAAGCAAGGAUGUCUAAAUAAUGAAAGAACUGCUGGUUGAUCUAAUCAUUUAUA